GAUGCGCACACUACGCGGAGCUGAGCUCAGAGGCAUCUCUGUCUUUCACUUGGCAGCAUCUCAGCGGAGUGCAGCCUCAGCGAGGCUGUGGGUGGAUCUGGAACAUUACGCUUUAGCGUGGACCACAAACCAACACAGACAAGAGCAGCGAAAACCAAAACAAAAAAAACUGCGAUCUGGAGAGUAAAACGUCUUGACCCAACUCAUUAAUUGAUCGGGGGAUUUUGGGGGCGAAAUUGUGAGGAACCCUUUAGUACGAGUCCAAGGACCAAGAGACGGACUCAGCGCGGUGCGUGUGGUUCAGAAGCGACGUGCAGAACGCACGGGGGUCUGAGGCAGUUUGGCUUCUGAGUUCCAUUCAGUAAUUAGUGUCUUGAAAUAAGCGAUCGUUGGGGAGAGCUCUAAUGGAUUCUGGAAUUACUAUCAAUCACAUUUAAUGAAGAGGGGCAAAAAUCCCGCAUUCAUAAACAAAUUAAAAUCGUCGUAUGCAGGAGAGUGUGUUCCAUUCACCAGCAGUCGGAUGAGAGUCUAAUUUGCCCUUGGCAACUAAAGAUGAGGUUUCUAUGGAAACAAAUUGUUCUUCUAUCAAUCAGCGGCUGCCUUGCAGCCUGUGCAGAGGAUUUCAUGUUCCAGGGGCCAAAAUGGAGGACAGAGCCCAGUGACCUCAUUUUACCGUACAACUCCCCGGACCAGAAAGCCGUCAUUAAAUGUGAGGCGGAAGGAACCCCUUCCCUGCAGUACAGAUGGUCACUAAACGGAACACUCAUUGAUCUGAGGAGCGACUACCGGCGUCACAUGUCUGGGGGCAACCUGACCAUUAGCGGCUUGGACAGGGACCAAGACACAGGGAUAUACCAGUGCACGGCCUCCAACAAGUGGGGCUCUCUUCUGAGCCACAGAGCCAGCCUCCAGUUUGCAUACCUUGAAAACUACAAAACCCAAACAGUGAGGAGCGCUGUUAAUGUUCGAGAAGGCCAGGGGGUGGUUCUGCUCUGUGGACCUCCCACACAUUCUGGAGAGCUGACUUUUGCAUGGAUCUUUAAUGAGUACCCCUACUUUGUCCAGCAAGACACACGUCGGUUUAUAUCCCAGGAGACCGGGAGUCUGUACGUUGCCAAAGUUGAAUCUUCUGAUGUGGGAAACUACACUUGUGUGGUCAACAACACCAUCACCCGAGAAAAGGUCCUGAGUCUGCCCACCCCGCUUGUCCUUAGGAACGAUGGGGUGAUGGGUGAAUACGAACCCAAAAUAGAAGUUCAUUUCCCCGAUUCCAUUCCAGCUGCCAAAGGAUCCACGGUGAAGCUGGAAUGCUUCGCUCUUGGAAACCCGGUUCCUGAAAUAAGCUGGAGAAGAACCAGUGGCGUUCCUUUCCCCGGCAAAGUCAAGAUGAGGAACUCCAACGCUGUACUGGAAAUUCCAAAUUUCCAGCAAGAGGACACCGGGACCUAUGAGUGUGUAGCGGAGAACAGCCGAGGAAAGAACACGGCGCGUGGCCGCCUCUCCUUCCACGCCAAACCCCACUGGCUCCAGACCAUCACGGACACGGCGCUGUCGAUCGAGGAGAACCUGUUCUGGGAGUGUAAGGCCAGCGGGAAGCCCAAGCCCUCGUACAGCUGGCUGAGGAACGGCGAGACCCUGACGUCCGAGACGCGGGUGCAGAUGGAGAAUGGAGCGCUGACGGUCUCCGCCCUCAACCUGUCGGACGCGGGGCUCUAUCAGUGUGUGGCGGAAAACAAACACGGAGUUAUUUAUUCCAGCGCUGAACUAAUGGUGUUAGCCUCACCACCCAGCUUCUCCAGGAGUGCCCUGCAGGCCGUGCUGAAAGCCCUCUCCGGCAGCCAGGUGUCACUGGACUGCCAGCCCCAGGCAUCCCCACCGGCCUCCAGUCUCUGGAAGAAAGGCAACGAGCUCCUGCAGAAAAGCGACAGGAUCGCCCUGCUCCCCAAUGGAACGCUGCGCAUCGCCAACGUGACCAAGCGGGACUCGGCCAGCUACACGUGCAUCGCUAGGAACCAGUUUGGCAGCGCCAGCACCACCGGGAUGCUGCUAGUCACCGAACCCACCCGGAUCACCCUGAGGCCCACUAACAUGGAGAUCAUCGUUGGGGAGAGCAUCGUGCUGCCCUGCCAGAUGGCCUGCGACCCAGCCCUCGACGUGUCCUUCUCCUGGGCCUUCAACGGGCAGCUCAUCGACUUCCAGAGAGACGGGGAGCACUUUGAGAGAGUGGGCGGGACCAUAUCGGGGGAUCUGAUGAUCCGCAGCAUCCAGCUAAGCCACGGGGGGAAGUACGUCUGCCACAUCGACACAGACGUGGAGAGCCUGUCCGCCUCGGCCAUCUUGGUUGUCAAAGGCCCUCCCGGUCCUCCAGACAAGGUGUCUGUGGAGGAGAUCACAGACAGCACGGCCCAGCUGUCCUGGAGCCCCGGCAGGGACAACGGCAGCCCCAUCACGGGGUACAUCCUCCAGGCCCGCACCGCAUUCACCGUGGGCUGGCAGGCCGUGGAUACAGUGCCGGAGGUGGUCAACGGGAACCUGUUGACGGCCACGGUGGUGGGACUCAACGCCUGGGUGGAGUACCAGUUCAGGGUGGUGGCUCGCAACAGCGUGGGCGUAGGAGAACCCAGCCCCCCGUCCAUCAAGACCCGGACAGAGGAUGCCAUGCCCGAUGCGGCGCCCACUGAUGUCGGAGGGGGAGGCGGCACAAAGUCUGAAUUAGUGAUCACAUGGGAGCCCGUCCCCGAGGAGCUGCAGAACGGAGAGGGCUUCGGCUACAUCGUGGCCUUCCGGCCCGCGGGGGCCGCCGGCACGCCAUGGACGCGGGCCGCCGUGUCGACGCCGGGCGCGUCGCGCCACGCCUUCCGCAACGACUCCCUCCUCAUGCCCCCGUUCGCCCCGUUCGACGUCAAGGUGGCGGCCUUCAACGACAAGGGCCCCGGGCCCUUCAGCUCCGUGGCCACCGUGUUCUCGGCAGAGGAAGUGCCCAGUGUGUCUCCUAAGAGGUUGAGAGCCCGCAGUGUGUCUGCAGCUCAGAUUGAAGUGUUCUGGGAACCUCUGCCUGCCGUUCCUGAACGGGUGCUGGGAUAUGAGGUGGUGUACUGGGAAGACGACACCAAACCCGACACGGUUGGGAAGGUCAGGAUUUCCGGUAACUACACGCUGGUCAACGUGACGGGGCUCACCGGCCACACACCGUACUACCUGGCCGUCGCCGCCUUCAACACUGCCGGCUCCGGCCCGCAGUCGGUCGCCAUCAACAUCACCACCAAGAAGCCGCCUCCGGGUCAGCCACCAGUCAAUGUGGAAUGGAGCAUGACCGGAUCUCUGCUCACGCUGCACUGGGACCCUGUGGUCGCUACGGAAACAGAAUCCCCCGUCACUGGAUAUAUGGUGCUGCUGAAGAGACAGGGCUACAGCGACAUCGACAUGGUCCGGACCGACAAGAACAACCUGGAGCUCAACCUGCCGGCCAGCGACAACUACCUGGUCCAGAUCAAGGCUUUGACCCAGGGGGGAGAAGGGGUGGGCAGCGAACCCAUCCAUGUGCAUAAAUCAAGCAUGGGUGCGAGAGGCUCGGGAGCUCCUGGCCUGCUCCCGCUGUACUCCUCGGCCGUCCUUAUCAGCACCCUGCUUAGCACCUCCUGGUGAGAGCCAAUCACAGAGCUUGGACAUCCCCCGGAGCCUCCUCUCCCUCCCCCAUCCCUCCCUUCCUCCCCCCAUCCCUCUUCCUCCUAUCUUCCUCCUUCCUUCCCUCCAAUGAAGCUCAACUGCCCCCUGUCACCCACCACUGGCUUCAGCAGCAGGUGCAGCCUCCCGCGGCACCAUUUCGGAGUUGACGGAUGGAUGGACGCAGGGAAAACUGGACUGAACUGGAAUGGAGUUGAAUGGAGUUAACCGGACUUGACUGGAGUUGACAGGAGUGGAGCGGAGUGGGAGUUGUCUGGAGUAGAGCUGGAGAUGGAGUUGACAUGAACAGGAUGGAAUUAAGAAGGGCGCCCUUUAACUUUUGUUUACAUUUUUUUGCAAAUAAGACUUUGGUAAGAAAUGGCGAUUCGUGUGCAUGGUUUUUGUGUUUGUUUUUGAGUCACCAUUUUGUUUUCAUUAUGUUUUUGGGCCCGCAAAUAUAAUUUCCCUUCAAAGUUAUUAUGUUGAAAUGAGCGAUGUUUGAUGAGAAUCUUUGACCAUAUACUAAUGCCUUAAAUCAAUUGUGUACAUACAUACCAAAGUAGGUGAUACAGAAUCUUGUUUUAGGUCAUCAUUUGUAUUCUAGAGUUCCGGGAGAUCUUUUUUCCGCACUAUAUGUUUAGACCGAUUUGUAUUUUUUUCUUACAGCUGAAGUGCUCUAGGAAGUCAUUCAAACAGUAAAGUGAACAAAAUAAGCCCCGGCUGGCCACUAUAAGAUAUGAGCAGAUCGUCUUUCCUAGAGGUCGGAAGCCAAUUCCGAUUCAGAUCGUGGCUAAAUACCAUUACCUAAAUAUCCGUUAUCUCAUCCCCUUUAUUCCGCCGUUCAAUUUAAAUAUUAACACCUUUCUGUUCCCCCCCUCCCCUCAAGUGCUGCUAGAGGAAAAAAAAUCAAUUUCUUUUUUUUUUUCAAGCUGGCUUUGUCUAAGGGACCACGCAGGGCGUCCAGAGCAAAUUGAUCAACUGUGCCUCUCACUUCUAUCCUGUGUAUUUAAACAGUGUUUGUCCUCUACGGGCCCCCAGGCUACAGACCCUCUCCCACCUGCUCACUACUGAUGGGUCCUGGCGUACCGCUCCUUAUCCCCACUGCCUCUAAAUAAUAAAUACCCAUCAGCCUCCUGCAUCCAGAAGCCUGGAUGGAGGUAGAGAGAGAGAGAGAGGGAGAGAGGGAGAGAGAGAGAGAGGAGAGAGAGAGAGAGAGAGAGAGAG